GUAACUCGGCGCAGUCUUUCGCAGUUGUAAUCAAUUAAACAUGGCGGAUGAAGCGGACGCUGAAGGAUAUGAAGGAAUGUGUGAAGCGCACGGCAGGAAAUGAGGCUUUUUAAACUCUCUCGGCUAAGAAAAUUAACAUUUGUUUUGGUUUUAAUCAUAGCGAUCACUAAAUAUGUUGCCCUACCGAUUUUUAGAGCUCUUAAGAGCAAUAAGUGUCACUCUGUCAAAAGCGUUUUGUUUUUGAAAACACACAAGACAGGAGGAAGCUCGGUAGCCAACAUUUUAUACAGAUUUGCUAAAAGAAAGGAUUUAAGCGUGGCCUUACCGAGGAAUCAAAUCUUUUCUUUUUAUUGGCCUUGGAGUUUUCAAGUGAAUUUUGUCGACAAUUUACCGAGUGAGAAGCCAAAUAUCUUGUGUAGUCAUGCAAGAUACAACCAAACAUCCAUGAAGCUAAUUAUGCCCCCUGACACAAAGUUCAUUACUAUCCUUCGCCAUCCCAUUUCAAGAUUCGAAUCAGCAUUUCUUUUUGAAGACCUUCCAGCCUUUCUUGGUAUUUCUAGCUCUUCCAAUCCUUUCUAUCAAAUUUUACACAAAUUUGAUAAAUAUAAGUCUGAUAUAAAUACCAUGUACACCCUAAGAAAUGGGAUGAGUUUUGAUCUUGGCCUCGAACCAGAGGACUUUGAAAACACUGAAGUUAUUAGAAACUUCAUCUCCUCAGUUGAAAGAGAUUUUGACCUGGUGUUACUCCUAGAAUAUUUUGAUGAGUCUUUGGUCCUACUGAAGCACCACUUUUGUUGGAGUUUAGAGGAUGUGCUGUAUUUAAAACACAAUGCAAGGUUGCAGUACUUCAAGAGACACCACAUUCCCAAGCAGUUUAGAGAUGGAUUUUUGCAGUGGAACAAAGCUGAUGUCUAUCUUUACCGACACUUUAACAGAACAUUUUGGAAAAAAGUUGAUUCCCACGGUGAAAACUUCUGGUAUGAAGUGCACCUCUUGAGAAAGAGGUUUUUGGAGAUGAGUAAAGAAUGCCUUGUUCCAGGAGAGCAUAGAGAUAAAAAAUCACUAACAGUUUCAAAAUUAGUUCUCAGUCCAAACACUGGCAAAAGAAACCAAGAACUUUGUGAAGAUCUAGUGAAAAAUGAAGAAUCAUAUCUGACUUUUUUCAGGCAUAAACAAUUGCAGAGUGUAUGAAAAUAAUAUUAAUCUGAAAUCUAAUAUAUAUCUGAAAUCUAAUAUAUAUCUGAAAUCUAAUAUAUAUUUGAAUUGUGUACACCUUUGAUGAGCUUUAACUCUCACUAAUGCUGUGAAUUAAAUUCCACAGAAUUUUCCAAAAAUGUUCUUUAAACAAGAUACUUAAAGUAAAUUUCUCAGAAAUAUUGUGGAUGCUUACCUUAUUUCUUAGGGAGGAAAAUCAAUGACCUGGAUUCUUGGGACGUUAAACAUGAAACUCACCUAAAGAUAUUUCUUGUAAAAUAUUUCCUCUGCAGGUUAUUUCAUUAAUUUAUUUAACUGAUCUGAGGACAUGGUUGACGAUAUGUUUCAUACUACUAAAGUAAUUAUUACUUAAGUUAUUAAAAUAUAACCGAUAAACA